GGCGGAGGAGCGAGCCGUGCGGCCAGAGCGGGAAAGAGAGUCUUCUCUGCGUCCGAGUUCUGGAGCCGCCGCACCCCGGCUCCUGGGGCUGCAGCGGGAACUCGGAGGGGCCGGGCUUCCGUUGCCUCCCGGGUCCCCUCGUAGAAGCCCGCGGGAUCGGAAAGCGAGAAGAUGGAGGAGGGCGGCAGCGGCGGCGGCGCUGCGGGGACCAGCGGGGACAGCGGCGCCGCGGGAGAGCAGCUCCUCACUGUCAAGCACGAGCUGCGGACGGCAAAUUUAACAGGACAUGCAGAGAAAGUGGGGAUUGAAAAUUUUGAGCUCCUGAAGGUCCUAGGAACUGGAGCAUAUGGAAAAGUAUUUCUCGUCCGUAAAGUCAGUGGGCACGACGCUGGAAAGCUGUAUGCCAUGAAGGUUUUGAAAAAGGCAACGAUCGUGCAGAAGGCCAAAACCACAGAGCACACGCGGACGGAGCGGCAGGUCCUGGAGCACAUCCGGCAGUCGCCGUUUCUGGUGACGUUGCACUAUGCCUUCCAGACGGAAACCAAGCUUCAUCUCAUCUUAGAUUAUAUAAAUGGUGGAGAACUUUUUACUCAUCUUUCUCAAAGAGAGCGAUUCACAGAGCACGAGGUGCAGAUCUAUAUUGGAGAGAUUGUGCUCGCCCUCGAACACCUCCACAAGGCUGAAAGAGCAUAUUCCUUUUGUGGCACUAUUGAAUACAUGGCACCAGAUAUUGUCAGAGGGGGAGAUUCGGGACAUGACAAGGCAGUUGACUGGUGGAGUCUGGGUGUUUUGAUGUAUGAACUGCUAACGGGAGCGUCUCCUUUCACUGUUGAUGGGGAGAAGAAUUCUCAAGCUGAGAUAUCUAGGAGAAUAUUAAAAAGUGAGCCUCCGUAUCCCCAAGAUAUGAGUGCUUUAGCUAAAGACCUAAUUCAGCGCCUUUUGAUGAAAGAUCCCAAGAAAAGAUUGGGAUGUGGUCCGCGUGAUGCAGAUGAGAUCAAAGAACAUCUCUUUUUUCAGAAAAUAAAUUGGGAUGACUUAGCUGCCAAAAAAGUGCCCGCACCAUUUAGGCCAGUCAUCCGAGAUGAGUUAGAUGUGAGCAACUUCGCGGAGGAGUUCACGGAGAUGGAUCCCACCUACUCCCCCGCCGCGCUGCCCCAGAACUCGGAGAGGCUGUUCCAGGGCUAUUCCUUUGUUGCCCCUUCUAUCCUGUUCAAGCGCAACGCGGCUGUCCUAGAUCCUCUUCAGCUGCACAUGGAGGUUGAACGACCUGGAGUGACAAACGUUGCCAGGAGUGCAAUGACGAAGGACUCUCCGUUCUAUCAACACUAUGACCUAGAUCUGAAAGACAAACCACUGGGAGAAGGAAGUUUUUCAAUUUGUCGAAAGUGCAUACACAAAAAAAGUAACCAAGCAUUCGCAGUCAAAAUAAUCAGCAAAAGGAUGGAAGCCAACACCCAGAAAGAAAUAACAGCGCUGAAACUCUGUGAAGGACACCCUAACAUCGUGAGAUUGCAUGAAGUUUUCCACGAUCAGCUUCACACUUUUCUAGUGAUGGAACUUCUGAAUGGGGGAGAGCUGUUCGAACGCAUUAAGAAAAAGAAGCAUUUCAGCGAGACCGAAGCCAGCUACAUCAUGCGGAAGCUCGUGUCAGCCGUGAGCCACAUGCACGACGUCGGCGUGGUGCACAGGGAUCUGAAACCCGAGAAUUUAUUAUUCACUGAUGAAAAUGACAACUUGGAAAUUAAAGUAAUUGAUUUCGGGUUUGCACGCUUAAAGCCGCCUGAUAACCAGCCUCUCAAGACUCCGUGCUUCACUCUCCAUUACGCGGCCCCGGAGCUGCUGAACCACAACGGCUACGACGAGUCCUGCGACCUCUGGAGCUUGGGCGUCAUUCUGUAUACAAUGUUGUCCGGGCAAGUUCCAUUCCAAUCUCAAGACAAAAGUUUGACGUGUACCAGUGCAGUGGAAAUCAUGAAGAAAAUUAAAAAGGGAGAUUUCUCCUUUGAAGGAGAAGCCUGGAAGAAUGUAUCCCAGGAGGCUAAAGAUUUGAUCCAAGGCCUUCUCACAGUAGAUCCAAAUAAAAGGCUUAAAAUGUCUGGCUUGAGAUACAAUGAAUGGCUUCAGGAUGGCAGCCAGCUGUCCUCCAACCCUCUGAUGACGCCCGACGUGCUGGGCUCUUCGGGAGCCGCUGUGCACACCUGCGUGAAAGCCACCUUCCACGCCUUUAACAAAUACAAGAGAGAGGGGUUUUGCCUUCAGAAUGUCGACAAGGCCCCUCUGGCCAAGAGGAGGAAGAUGAAGAAGACCAGCACCAGCACCGAGACGCGCAGCAGCUCCAGCGAGAGCUCCCACUCCUCGUCCUCCCACUCCCACGGGAAAACCACACCCACCAAGACGCUGCAGCCCAGCAACCCCGCCGAUGGCAGUAACCCCGAGACCCUCUUCCAGUUCUCCGACUGAGCCACCGGCGUGGCAGGACGUGGCCCGUGAGCCUGGCCCCUCGGCCCCUCAGCAGAUGCCUGAGGUGAGGUGUGGGGAGUCAGACUGUCUACUUUAAGAAAACAAAAUAUCCUGAAUGAGCCAAAAACAAAACCCACAAAUGAAAAAACAAGUCCCACUGGUCUCGUUGAAUUCUGCCACUUAGGGAAUUUUUCCGGAAAACCCAUUGGUUAUCCUUGUCCGAGAGCACUGGCCGGAGAAUGUUACUGUGAAGGAAGCACUUGUUACACAGUGUAGCGACCAGCGGAUGCCAGCAGGACGAUUCUGGAGAGAACGGCUCCUGCAGAGUUAAUGAGGGACUGGGUGGAUAUGAACUGCUUACAAAGUAAGUCGCAGGCUUUUCAGAUGUCUGCCUGCAAGAGCUACCCCUGCUGUGAGGAUGACACCUUUCGCUUCCCCUUGCAGAUAAUGUGGGUUUUUAAGAGAUUUGCACCCUCUGAACAGUGAAUUAUCAGAGAAAAAUGUCUGUUUUCAAAAAGAUUCUGUAAUGAAUUUUAUGUGUGGCAUAGACUUACUUCUUGAGAGAGGAUUUUAACUUAUUGUUUUUAUUUUAUGGUUACAUAUGAUGAUAACCUGCUAUUAUUCGUCUUUUUCAAAAAAGUAAAAGAAAAGCUAUAAGGACGUCGGGUCCCGGGCUCUGUAUCUGGGACCCAGCUGAGCUGCAUGCUAAGCUACAUACGAUUUUCAUGUUGCACUGCUCUUUCCUGGCGGUUUGUUUCAACCGUGUUGCAAACAUUAAGGUACAUGUCUCUGUUUUAAGUAAAAUUGCACUUUAUAAAAGAAUAUGAAUAAAGCAGCUUGUUUUAUAAAGUGCACUGGUUAAAGCAUAUGUACUGUAUUUUUGCCAUUUUUUCCAUUAUCUACUUUAAAUCUGCCCUCGCAGCCCCUUCUACUUUGUUUGCGACAAGUAGAACGGGCCGCGUGGCCCCACGUCGCCAUGAGCCGCUGCGGCCCCAUGUGAGGAAACCGAAGGGAAACCUACUCAACACUGUGCUUCACAUUUGUACACUGUGUUGUGCUGCAGAGAGACAUCGCCUCCUGCAGCCGGAUAUCAUGUACAUAAUAUUUUAGAAUCGUAACUAUGACCUAUUUGGAAAUUUUCCUGUUAAAUUUUAAAUCCAGAAGGCCUAUUUUAUAAACUUAUGCAGAGCACUUUUACUGCUCAGAAGUUCUGAAUUCAUACAGAAAACAAGUGCUACGUGAUGAAGACAUUUCACCGAGAGAUGCUGCAUUUACACACAUGAUGAAUUCAUUUCCUAUGCAAAAAAGAAGUGGGAGAGUCUGUAUGCGAUAUUUUCCUUUCAAGCCAUCACACGAAAUGUUAGAACUGAGAAAGGGGAUCUUUCCUAUGUUUACAGGAAUCAUGUUUAAAAAGAAAAUGCCCGACGUGUGUAUUUUGUUUUUGUUAAUGGUAACUCUGGAGCAUUAGUUUGGAAUUCGGGUGUGAUAUUUAUUUAUUCAUUUCUUGAGAUAAUGCAGCAUUAAUUUCAACCAGUUAGGAAUACUAAAAAUAUUGCACUCUAUGUAAUAGUAGUAUAUUUAUUGCUA